CUGCAGCAGGAGACUUAUUGCUGCCUGACAGCAGCACAGGUAAUGUGGAGGCAGCAGCAACAGCAACACCUGCUGCUGCUGCUGCUGCUGCAGCAGCAGCAGUGCAGCAGGGGGACGCUGGGGAGGGAGACGUAGGAGAAGAGAUAACUGCUGCUCCUUACAUUGUGCGGCAGUUUGAUUCCUUGAAGUCUCCCUUCCGUACACCUGCUGCUGCUGCACGUACACCUGCUGCUGCUGCUGCUGCUGCUGCUGCUGCUGCUGCUGAGCCACCUCCAAGUACACCUCAGAGCCCCACAUCUCCCUGCAGCAAAAGGGCAAAAGUUAAGACGGAUAUGGGCAGCGACAGCGCAGGAGAAGAGGAAUUUGCUGAGGAAUUUGCUGAGGGACAAGAAGCAGCAGCAGCAGCAGCAGCAGCAGAUGGAGCAGCAGCACGGACUGGGAGGCCUGCAGCAGCAAGGCCGAUACGCCAGCAGGUUCAGCUGUACGCGCAGCAGAUGCAGCAGCAAGAGCAGCAGCGGCGGCAGCAGCAUGGAGUAGUAGAUCCCCUGCGGAAGGAGCAGCAGCAGGGCAUACAGCAGCAGCAACGGGAUGAGUCAAGCAGCAGCAGCGGCAGCAGCGGCAGCAGCAGCAACCGAUUCCCUAGUCUAUACAGUUUGCCCUCCUCAGCAGACUGCGCAACAGCAGUGCAGCAGCGGGAGUUAGGGAGACAGUUUGUGCUGCAGAUGGGGGCAUUAGUCUUGGCUGUCAGCAGCAGCAGCAGCGGCAGCACCAGCAGCAGGAGCACCAGCAGCAGGAGCACCAGCAGCAGCAGCAGCAGCAAGGAGCCGCUGCUGCUGCCUCAGCUAGAGCCCCUUAGGAUAGUAGCAGAAAAACUAUGCCUCUAUGAUUUCUCCUGCUCAACUACAGCGUCGCAGCAGCAGCAGCAGCAGCAGCAAGCUGCUGCUGCAGGAACAGCAGCAGCAACAACUGAUGGCAGCAGCAGCAGCAACACGAGCAACAGUCGCAGCAGCAAUGCAGAUAUGCAACACGAUAGGCGGAGCUGUCCAGCAGUUGCAUGCAACAACAGCAGCAGCAAGCCUUCCCUGCAGCAGCAGCAGCAGCAGCAACUGCCGAUGCAGAGGGGAAGACUUACCAGACGCAGCUCUGCAGCAGCCGACGGACCAAAGACAUCAGCAGCAGCAGCAGCAACAGCAGCAGCGCCAACAGCGCCAGCAGCAGCAGCAGAUGAGGAUAUUUGGAUACGGCUGCUUUGCCGCUGCCCCGUGUCUCCUAUGCAGCUGUCUUAUAGUCGUUCUGCAAGAAGAGCUGCUGCUGCACCACCGCAGCAGCAGCAGCAAAAGCAGCAGCAGCAGCAGCAGCAGCGAGGUUUAGCAGCAGCUGCUGCGCUAACGAUCCCCGAAGGUUCAGGCAAAAGACAGAGAUCUUGCACCGCAAGCAGCAGGUAUAGCAGCAACAACAACAGCAGCAGCAGCAACAGCAACAGCAGCAGCAGCAGCAGCAGCAGCAUUGGCUUCACUACUACCACUAGGCGUCGUUCCUUUGGAGACCACAGCGUUGCUGCUAUAUCUAUAAGAAAUGCUUCUGCUGCUGCUGCUGCUGCAGCAGCAAACGAGAGCGGCAGCAGAGACCAUUGUAGAUAUGCGACAGAGCAGCAGCAGCCGCAGCAGCAGCAACAGCAGCAGCAGCAGCAGCUGGAAGCUGCUGCUGCUGCAUAA